UUAGGGAAAAAAGGGAGAAAAAGAAGAAGAAUGGCAGCUGCACAUAACGGAUCCAACAUCACGGGCAACUACACUAACCAGUUUGUGCAACCGCCGUGGCGCAUCGCUCUCUGGUCUGUCGCCUACAGCUCCGUUCUGGCGGUUGCAGUGUUCGGCAACCUCAUCGUGAUAUGGAUCAUUCUUGCCCACAAGCGAAUGAGGACUGUAACGAACUAUUUUCUGCUCAACCUGGCGUUUUCGGAUGCGUCAAUGGCCGCUUUCAACACUUUAAUAAACUUUAUCUACGCUGCUCACGGGGAGUGGUACUUUGGUAAAGCUUACUGCAAAUUCCACAACUUCUUCCCGGUCACGUCUGUCUUUGCCAGCAUCUACUCCAUGACUGCUAUCGCGGUGGACAGGUACAUGGCCAUCAUCCAUCCUCUGAAGCCCCGUCUGUCAGCGAAGGCCACCACAUUCAUCAUCGUCUGUAUCUGGAGUCUGGCCGUCAUCCUCGCCUUCCCUCUCUGCUACUUCUCCACCACCCGAGUUCUGCCCAAAAGGACCGUUUGCUUUGUGGCCUGGCCCCGCAAGGAGGAUGACCAGCUGAUGUAUCAUAUCAUAGUAACAGUCCUGAUCUACAUGUUGCCAUUAGUGGUGAUGGGCAUUACGUAUACCAUCGUGGGUUUGACUCUGUGGGGAGGUGAGAUCCCAGGAGACUCAUCUGAUAACUAUCACGGACAGCUCCGAGCCAAAAGGAAGGUGGUGAAGAUGAUGAUCAUUGUGGUGGUGACCUUUGCCCUCUGCUGGCUACCUUAUCAUGUCUACUUCAUUGUGACAGGUGUUAACAAGAGUUUGAAUAAGUGGAAAUACAUUCAGCAGGUUUAUCUGUCAGUGAUGUGGCUGGCAAUGAGCUCCACCAUGUACAACCCCAUCAUCUACUGCUGCCUCAACAGCAGGUUUCGUGCUGGCUUCAAGCGAGCAUUUCGCUGGUGCCCAUUUAUCAAGGUGUCCAGCUACGAUGAAUUGGAACUACGCUCAACACGGCUCCGCCCAGCACGCCAAAGCAGCAUGUACACAUUGACACGCAUGGAUACAACCAUGGUUUAUGACCAUUCUGAGGCUGAUGGUGGGGGGGGCGCUGGAAGGAAAACCUCAGCAUCUGCUAGGAAGAGGAGCUACAUCACAUCUCGCCACUCAGAGAUUGGUGAAUGUAAUGGCGGUAAUGCAAAAACGCAAAACGGAGGCACAUCCACUACUCAAUCUGAGGGAUUCUCAUGAAGGGUAUUUUGACAGCAUUAAAACCUACACAGACUCACAGUGUGUAUGUAUGAAUAUUACACGCAUUCAUAAUACAUGUACAAAGAAAAAGUGCAGAGGUGUAGAUGUGUUUUUACAACACAGAAGAGGGGGAAACAUACAGAAAUGAUCUAUUACAUGGAUUAUAUCAAAUACUAAACAGCAGCCUUAACAAUAUUUUAGAUGAAAAUUGUUGGUUUUGCAUGUGUGAAAACUAAUUUCAGUUUCAAGUUUCAGCCCCUUACAUCAGGUUCCUAUAAUGACAUGAAAUAGUAGUGCUUUGAAUAAAUUAUUAAACAAGGCUUACGCUGUUGGGGGCCAACAGCAAGGAUACUUCCCUGAAAUCCCCCUAAUCCUCUGCUCCCCCAACCAUU